AUGGAUCAUCGUUUUUUUCUGUCGGCGAUCUUUCUGGUCAGCGGCACCUUCAAUGUCCUGGUGGUAAAUUGGGCCAAUCAUCAGCAAGUUAUUGGCAGCGAUGGAAAGCGUCAUGGAUUCCAGCAUCCUGUAGUCUUCACCCUGCUCAUGUUCCUGGGCGAGUUCCUGUGCUUUGUGAUCUUUAAGGUGAUCCGCCUGAUUGCCAGCCGAUCGGAAAAUUCACAGAUCAUCACCGACCUGGACAGCAUCCUGACGGAGGAGGACAGCACCAGCAGAGAAUUUAGUCCUUUGAGCAUGCUCCUGCCCGCCGUGCUGGAUGCGGUGGCCUCCAUUCUGCUGUUCACGGGACUUUAUUUUACCAACCCCACCUCCUUCCAGAUGAUAAGGGGAGCCUCAACGAUCUUUGCGGGCGUCUUCAGUGCCAUUUUCCUGAACCACACGCUCACCGGCCGCCAAUGGCUGGCCAUCUUCACCAUAUCUUGUGCCCUUCUCGACAUCAUCUAUUUGGACGUUCUACGAGUGAAAGAUGAGCAGGCCACAUUGCCGUUCACGGACUACAAAUCCAUCCUGACCGGCGACUUACUCAUCAUUAUAGCCGAGAUCCUGCACGGUCUGCAGUAUGUUUGCGAGGAGAAGCAGCUCAAGACCUCGGAUGUGGUUCCUCUGCAGGCUGCCGGUUGGCAGGGAAUCUUCGGACUGGUCAUCACCUCGCUGCUCGCCAUUUGUUUGAACUUCUUGCCAAGCGUGCGUCCGUUUAACGAUAGUUCACGAGCUGUCUUCGACGAUUGGAGUGAUCUUGUUCUGGCUCUCACGGGAAAACCCUCCCUGAUUUUGGCCCUGAUUGGUUUCGCCAUCUCAUGUGCCUCAUACAACUUUGUUGGCGUUUUCAUUACGAUGGACUCUUCCAGCAUCAGUCGGUUGCUCGUUGACGCUCUACGCCCCCUCUUUGUAUGGAUGUUCUUCUGGGAUUGGAAUAACAUAAGUCCGGGCGUGAUCAUAGGCUUUGUUGUCCUGCAAAUGGGCAUCAAGCUCUACAGUCAGGCUCUUUUCCUGGAUUCGUAUAGAGCCAUAGUGGCCUGCUGGCAUCGUGCUUGCUACGAGGACUUAAGUUCGGAAGACGCAGUUGCUCCCAACAGCCCACCAGAGGAAACUGACGAACAGCAAGAGGGGCUUUAGGUUGGAAAGAUGUGCUGCAAAACACUGCCCAUAACUUUACCAAAUUUAAUCCGAUUUCAAAGUGACAUACCUCUAAAGACUUUUGGGUUCAUUCUGUAAAAAUCUGCAUUCAAAUAUUUAGUUUAACGUUAUCAAAAAUUUAACCCAUUUUCAUGUUAGUUAUUUCCAAGUUUGUGAUGCCUUGUGAUAAGGUGACCCAAAUCUGGAAAUCUAGAGUCCAUAACUUUAAUAAAUUGAAUCCGAUUUAAAAGU